AAAAAUUUUAUUUCUUAAAGUAAGCUGAUUUUUUUGUUUAAAAAAGUGAAAGUUCAACAUUUGAAAAACCAUAAAAAAGUUUUAUAAAAGUCUUAACUGUAAGGAACCAAUUUUCGUGGAUUUCAGCAUUGAGGAACACUCUGCAGUGACAAUCAUAUGACAAUCUCUAAUGGAAUCUCAAAGUGAUCAUUAGUGAUGCUUUUUAUCAUCAAAUGAUAAAGAAGAGAAGAAGAUAUCACAAGAGGAAGUUUGGAAAGUGAACAAAGAAAUAUUUGAACAGCAUCAACUGUAUAUUAAAUAAGAAAAUGAAUUUCAUUCAUAAAAUUUUAAUGCUGCAACAUCAUGUGACAUUAAAUAGCAUCAUAAGCCGAGUCAUUUUUAUAUUAGUGAUAUUAUCGUUAGGGCAUAGCAUCCAGAUUAAUGAUGUAGUAUUAAGUAAGUCACCAUCACAAAUUUCCAGUAGCAAUGUGACAAGACUGAAAAGCAACAGCAGUGAAGUCAACAGUGACGAGAAGAAUAUUUUUCAAAUAAAUUUAGAUGACAAAGUCAAUAAAUAUAAAAAAGUAUCAGAUCAUAAAAAGUCGAGUAUCUUUACGCCAUGGAGCUCAUGGAGCGAUUGUGAUAGACGAUGUAAGCAAAAGAGAACGAGAAAAUGCAUAAAAAGGAGAAAGUGUGGGAGUGUGAAACAAACUGAGGAGAGAAUUUGUGAAGAGUACUUAUGUCAAAGAAACAGUAACUCCAAUAGUAAUCAUAAAAAUAGAUAUAAAAAACGCAAUAAAAAUAUUGAAUUAGAUCAGUUCGAUCCAUAUAUUGCUGACGAUGAGUACGAUACGAAUGACUUUAAUGAUGAUGACGUGAGACUUAAACGCCAUGAAAUAGAAAAUAGCAAUCGUAUUGUUAUGAAAGUCGUUAAACAAGGAGAUUAUCAGUAUAAACAGUUUGAUCAUCGAAAGUCUGGUGGACGAGGUCUUGGUGAUAUUCAACAGAGCUUCUUUUUACCCGUAAAUUUAACAUUCUAUAAUUCACAAAUAUCUCAUAAAAAUUCCAUCAAAUUAAAAAGUGGAUUUUCAGCAUAUAAUAAUAAUGAAGAUUAUAUUGACGCCGACUAUAGCGAUAUGGCUGAUAACAGCAACAAUAAUUUUAAUGCAAAUAAUGAUGAAUUCGAUGAAGAAACUGAUAUGAAAGCUGGUGUCGAAAGAGGCAAGAUUAAAGCUGUAUUUGAAGUGCCACGAAAGCCUGUAUCAAAUUAUAGUAAAUGGAGUCGUUGGAGCAAAUGUUCCCCAAAGUGUAUUACGAAACGCUACAAAAAAUGUCGACCGCAUGCCAGACAGAUUUGUAGCAAUGACAUUAUCCGUGAAGUCGCAUAUUGUUAUACUGAAGGAAGCUUUUGUGAGGAAUGGAUAAGUACGCAAAUUACAAAAUUAAAUGGUGUGGAAACUACAACUCGAGUAACGACGACAGUUCCUACAACAACAAUACGAUCACCUCGAGCAUCGCGUCGUACAGAAUCACCUUUAUCUAAUUCCAUUUCAAAUUUUUAUGGACCUGGAAAGAGAAAAAAUAAAACAAGCUUAUCAGACAAUCGUGCACAAAAUUUUCAAUGUGGAUUUCCAUCAAUUCGCAAUAAAAAUUCAGAUUUUACACUAAAAAUCAUCGGUGGAAAAGUAGCUAGACGUGGUGCUUGGCCUUGGCAGGUUGCAAUUCUUAAUCGUUAUAAAGAAGCGUUUUGUGGUGGAACUCUGAUAUCGCCAAAUUGGGUCUUGACAGCCAGCCACUGUGUCCGAAAACGUCUUUAUGUCAUCCUCGGCGAGCAUAAUUUGAACGUUAAAGAAGGAAGUGAAAUUGAAUUUAAAAUUCAAACAUCCAUAAAGCAUCCAAAGUACAAUAAGAAGACAGUCGACAGUGACAUAGCCUUGCUCAAACUACCGCAAAGCGUGGAAAGAUCACAUUUCAUAGGCUUCGCAUGCCUGCCUGAGAAGUCACAACAAUUGCCAGUUGGGCAGUCUUGUAAAGUGAUCGGGUGGGGAAAGCGAAAGCAUUCAGAUGAGUCGGGUACUGCAUUACUUCAUGAAGCUGAGGUUCCUAUAAUAUCGAAUGAUGCAUGUAGAAAUGUCUAUUAUGAUUAUGUGAUAACUAAGAACAUGUUUUGUGCGGGAAGUCAUCGACGAGACACUUGUUCUGGUGACUCUGGUGGACCGAUUUUAUGCCGCGAUCCAAAGAGAACAAACAAGCCAUGGACGAUUUACGGUAUCACAAGCUUUGGAGACGGUUGUGGGAAGAAAAAUAAAUUUGGAAUCUACACAAAAAUUACGAACUAUGUCGACUUUAUUUGGUCAAUCGUUAAUUGCAAUGGACUAUGUGAGAACAAUAAUACUUUUUAAUGAGCAGCUUGUCUUGACUUGGUAGCGUACAUGCUAUCUAACUGACUCAACAUGCUUUCUACUCAAUCACAUAACUUUUUUUUUUGCUUUUCUGUAUAAAGAAUUCUAUAUUUUUGUAUUAUUAAACUUUAUUUAUGAAUGAUGAAUGACAAGAAUAUUAAUUAAACUAUAUCUGAGAGUAAUAA